AUGGCAUUCAACAACUGGGACAAGCUUUCCAAGGGUCAGCACGAUUUCCCAAAACCAAAAUUCGCAAACUCUGUUGUUGACAAGGCGUUGAAGAAGCAGCCUAAUAGCCCAUUUCUCCUGUCUUGGAAAGCUGAGUUGCUACUAUCGUUUGAUGACCCUGGGAGAGCUUUAGAUAAUCUGCUGCUUUGCGCCAAAUCACUAUCGGGAGGAACUGACACACGUCUACUCGCAUAUCUAUAUUCCCUGUCCGUGGAGGCUAUCAGAAAGACUGGGAAGGAGGCCAAGGGAUUUGGUUCUGUCGGUCAAGAUUUUCUUAAGCCGUGGCAAACAGUCGUAAAAGCAGCCGGGCGCAAAUCAGACCGACUGAAAAUAUGGGAUACUUUGUUCACUACCGCAAGUCACGAAGAUUGUUGGGACGAUGUUCAAUUCAAGGAAGGGUUGGUCGACAAAAAGCAGAUUCACUACAUACGGAUCUUGGUCACCCAUCUUGCUGCGGAACAGAAGCGGGAGCGCCUGGGAAAAGAUGACCAAAUGACUCAAAUACAGUUCAAGGUCGCACGAGGGCAAAUGAAGCAAGCGUUCCAAGCGUCUCCGGAUGAUCCGAUAGCGGUCAAAGAUAUUCGGGAUCUCAGAUUCAUGGCCGAGAUAUAUGCGCGACAGGGACAAUGCAGCGAACUCAUGGAUCUAUGGAAGACAGCACCGCAAUCCCUAGUAACGGUCAUGAAGACAUAUCAUGACGAGCUAAUGAAUCUCUUGGCAAGGCUCCUAAGAAAAGAGGGGAACUGGGAGCUUCUCGAAGCUCACUGUCUUGGGGUUAUUGAAAGUGUCAUCUCACACAUGAGGGAAACCAAAGAAACUAAAAGAUUUGAAGAGCUUAGUGCAGCGAGAUGGUUUAUAUGGGAUAGUCUGCUGCAUGCUAUCAUGGAGUUAUAUUCUCCUUCUGAGGCGCAGGAGAAACUCAAGCGCAUCACCGAGAACUGUGCGGAGGUGUUCCAGUCAAAUGAACGUCCAAUCCAACGGACCGCCAUGAUAUUAUCCCAAACCCUCAAGGCCGACAUGCUUCCCAUCUGUAAGCAAUAUUGGGAAUGUUACUCUGCUACUCCUAGCUGCUUCACUGAUCUCCGGUCCGCUGUAGAAUCUCUCUCGGUGGGGCAGCAGCAAGAGUUUCACCAGUUCAUACAAGAUCAAACACGGGAUCUUUAUGCCAAAGCGGAACUGGAAGAAGAUAAGUUCUCACUAUGGCAGCAAACUGAGGUGAAUAUCCUGAAAUUCGACUAUUUGCUGACGAUUGCGAUGCCUCCAUCUCCAACAACCCAUGCCAUGGAAGCUCUUGCCGCAAAGGCCAUCAGGUUUUGCGCUUCUUGUCCAGAGACAACAGAAGCAGCAUUCGUGGCGAUAUACACACUCCUUCACCUCCACAACGAAAUCAGCGACAGUGAGAAGCAUGGCCCUACAUAUGAAGUAGCGCCCAGUACGCGCAUCCUUUUGCAAGCCGCAAUGCUGGCGCGUCAUCUCGGCGUCCGCGACGGUAAAAGGGAGAACAGAACGCUGUCACUGCUAGCUGCAAGAUUGCAUCUCAAUCUCGGACUGGGAAGAAGUGCUUUUAGACUCUACCGUCUCAGUAAACUGAAGGAGAUGCUCCUUGACACGCUCUCCCUAUACGUCCUUGCUCGUAUCUCCAUGACGCAUCCGUUCGACAUCACAGGAUACCAAGGAUUUUCGGCAGAGGAAGAGCUCGAGAAUGUAGUUGAUGCAAUUGACAGAAUGGAACGGAAGACAGACACAUUUCUCUACAAAGAUCUUCCCUCCUUCAUACAUGAUCAAUUCUCGGAUACCCUACUGCUAAAACGGCGGUUGAAGUCAAGCUUGACGAGGCAGCUUUGCAAUACUGAACGACGCCGUAUCGCUCGUCUGAAAGGAAAAUCUACCGAGCAUAUACCUCGACUCAAUCAUACGGCCUUUGAGCAUGUCUCACAGAAUUUGGAUCUAUCGGCCUUUCCGCAUUAUGGUCAGACCCAUUCUCAGGGCCCAUGUCACCUUGUCAUGCCAAAUCAUGUGCCGGAUGAGUCCUGGAUGAUCAAGCAUAGUGUUGAAGUAGAUGCGACAAGCUAUUUUGUCUACCAAGAAGAAGGCGUCAGCGAUCUCCUUCGCUGGCAUCUCAAAGAUUCAGAAAACGAAGACCAAACUCCACCAGCCAUAUCUGCCGAACACAUCGUGCAAGACCUCUGGCGUUUCCUACGCCACUACACUUUGGUCGCCAGAAACGACAUCGCAACACCCGGCCAUGCAGAUAGCCUCGGCCGCUUCCAAGCCCACCUAGAAGCAAUGCGCAAGGCCAUGCAAAGCCUCCGUCUCCCAGAACCCACAACCGCAACGCCCGAGAACGAAGGGGCCCUGUUCAGCGAGACCAUGCUUCUAGCCUGCUACACCAAACUCGAAGUCCUCCGCGCCACCCACAAAUUCCUCGACCUCCUCAAAGACAAGGUCGUCCCGGCCAAGAGCACCCACAGCCUCAAGAAGAUCCUCCCCAAAGGUUGGAUUGCCGCUGUGGCUAGCGAAGUAGACCUUUGUUUCCAAGCGAUACAGGAUCUAGCACAGAGCUACAUCUCCGCCAUCAGGAAGACAGGUAUGGCGGCUAUCAAAGCGCAGGUACGAUCCGGUGCUACGGGCAAGCAACUCUGCGCCCUCUUGAGCGCGGAAGAUAUCCAGUUCUAUGCGAAUGAGUAUGUCGACAGUGCAGUCGAAGGCUGGAGCGGGGUGUUGCAGGUUAAACCCCGUUAG